CACUCUGUGCUGUCGUGAGACAAAAUUUCUUAUUUUUAUUCUCAUACAUAAAGUGCAGCUUUGUUUUUUCUUUGUUUCUUUGUUCAUUCCUAAAACUCGGCUAUUGUAAAAUGCAUUUUUUUCAGCAGUGGGACUAAUACAGAUAUUAUUUUUCUUAUACUUAUAUAAAUUAUUUUCAAACAAACCUCGAAGGUGGUUUCACUGAAAUUUAGGAAUAAGUCAGUUUUGUAAUAAUUUGUUUUUACCUAACAUGGAUUGAUGUAAACUCUCACAGAUUCGCCUGAGACGUUCAUAGAUCACUGAGAAGUAAACUCCUUAACCGCAGACUGUAGGCACAUGCUCCGCAGUAUGAAAGACUGGGUCGACGUCUGAGUUACAGUUUGGGGAUUUGAGGUUAUUCGAUUGUUUGAUGACUUCACACUGUGUUGCUGGAGGAUGUAACGGUCUGUGCUUGGCGCGUGGUGUCUUAUGUGAUGAAUACGUUGAGUGUAUUAUCUCACUUUGCGUCAGCAUGCAGAAACGUGAGGCAGCAUUUCCAACAAACCCCACCUACUGUACUGCCAUCAGCCAAGCGUGUCAAGAAGCGAAUCAGCCCGGAUACAGACACAGACGCAUCUCAGCCACUGAACGCUUCAUUGUAUGUUUCCAAAACACCACAGCGAGAGGAAAACCACAAAUAGUACGGAAGCUGCUCCAUUUGACGCCUUUCACCAACGUUAUCAUACGCAGACAUGUUUAUCUGUCACGGUCUUUAACUUGGCUUAAAAGUAAUCCGUCGUGCGUAAAACUUUUUCCCUGCGGACACAACGCGAAAGGAGCCGUGCGUCGCAGCAGAGGGUCCGCGAACCCGACGAAGGAACGUCCUGGCUGGGUCAGGAAACAAACAGCCCAUCCAUCACUCCAUCCCCCAUAUGCCAGGAGAUCCCAGCUUGGAGGAUGCGGGUGCGGACACUGUGAUUCGCACGUCGCCAAGGGGCCAGUCUGUAACACCGUGUCCCCGAGUUCAAGAGGGAGGAGAAAUGUCAGAAGAUGAGUCCCAUGUUAAUUUGGAAGCCAGCGAACUGUGGAGGCAGUUCCACAAAUACGGGACAGAAAUGGUCAUUACUAAAUCCGGAAGGCGCAUGUUUCCUCCGCUCAGAGCCAGGUGCACCGGGAUGAACACGAAGGCCAAAUACAUUGUCCUGAUGGACAUCGUGGCGGCGGAUGACUGCAGGUACAAGUUUCAUAACUCCCGCUGGUUGGUGGCGGGCAAAGCGGACCCGGAGAUGCCCAAACGCACGUACAUUCACCCAGACAGCCCUGCCACGGGUGAGCAGUGGAUGUCCAAAGUGGUGAACUUCCAUAAACUCAAACUGACCAACAACGUUUCAGACAAACAUGGAUUUACAAUCUUGAAUUCGAUGCAUAAAUACCAGCCAAGAUUUCAUAUAGUGAAGGCCAACGACCUCCUCAAGUUGCCGUUCAGCACCUUCAGGACGUUCGUCUUUUCUGAGACACAGUUCAUCGCUGUAACCGCUUAUCAGAAUGAGAAGAUCACUCAGUUGAAAAUAGACAACAACCCUUUCGCCAAAGGCUUCAGGGACACUGGCAAUGGAAGAAGAGAAAAAAGGAAACUGCAGCUUCCUACAGCAAAGUCUAAAGACGUGAAGCUGGAAGCUGUCAAAGAUGCAGAUGACACUGAGGGCAGAAAUGCAGAAGAUAAGCCUAAACUGCAAACAGCCACUAAUGCUCAGCCCAACAUCUCGGCUGCAGAGAGGACGGUACUGAGUGAGACGCCCAUCAUUACUAGAAGUGAAAUUUCCGAUUGCUGCAAGCCACAGGACCCACGCAACCAGAAACAGUUGUGUAGUUUUGAUUUCCCCCCGCAGUUAAACAGAAGUGCCUGGGUGCCGCAUCUCUUCUGCCCUGAUCACACCUCGUACAGGCAUAGCAGCGUGGACAUGGCUGUGCACAGACUGAGCCUGGCAGCAGGGCUUCCUGUCAGCCUUCAGCAGCAUUUAGCAGGACAGCAGGAUCUGCUGACUCUCUCGCACUUUGGAUGUUUCCUCCUUUACCCCUGCUGCAGCCUGAGCUCAGCACCAGCUCAGUACAUCUUCCCCCCAGCACACUUCAGAUCUUACCCCACCAUCCAUGGCGACAUCCCCUCCCAGCUCACAUUGUCAUGCCUUCCUACUGUGGAUGGUGCUGGAGGGAGACACACUCCUUGGACCCAGUGAGGAGUGGACACCUGAGCCCAGCUCCAGCCCUAAAAGACUGUCAUGGUUUGUUUAGGACACAGGCAUCUGCGUCUUGUUGCACCCAUGACAUCAGCUGACUAAUCACAGACGCUCAGUACAGAACAAUGGUCCACCCAUAAAGUCAAAUGUUACCAUGUUAUUAUCACUUGUGUCCAAUGAAUGAAAUGCAAUAGCCUAUUUUUUUUAAAUAUGUUUUAUUUGUUUGAUUGAUAGAAAAUUUAGGAUGCAUGCAUGCCAAACAACUUGUGUUGAGCUUCUGACAGAACUGUGACGAGGUGAUUUGAAUAAUAUUGACAUCAAAAAUGUGUUUGGUGUACUGCAGUAUAAUUAAUUAGUAUUUGAACCUGCACCUUAAUAAAAAUAUUUACUUACAAACAGGUUGCACCAUAUCAAGAUAGUUUUACUUCACUGGGGCCAAUAUACAUAGCUACGGUAUAUGUAUGUGGUAAUAAAACCACACACAGCAUUUAAUUUGAAUAAAGGUUUGUCAAAUCUUUUACUGAUUCAUGAUGAUUUUAGACUUUUUGUCUUAGCACCUUCAGUUUUCUGCCUCCAACAUUGUUCGAUGGUGGUGUUAUUGUUUCUGAGGUGAAACUACGCCGCGUGGUGGUGUUUUGAAUGAAUCGUCAUGUGACUAGGUUAAGGAAGCAAUAUAGCUGUCAUACUGUAUGAGACAUAAGUAGUAGGUCGGACGUGUCGUUACCGCCUCAUGUCAGCUACAGUAUUAGCUAAGGUGUUAGAAUACAGCAUACAAAGACAAAUGUUUAUUUGUUUAUUUUGCUUUGUUGCAAUUUUACAGAUUGAUGGUGUUCAACACUAAACACACCUAAACUGAACUUUCGCCUCCUGAGUGGUUACUGAAUUUCAUCAGUGUUUAACUUGCUGUAUAGGCUAUGCACACAUGCUUAGCUGAGGGCAAAAGAGUCAAAAGAUUUCCCACACAUCGAAUGCACUGCCUAGGUCCGAAGACACUGACUGCAGUGGAUAU